AUGGAGCCACGGAAGGCAGUGGAAAAGGUUCAUCCGAAGCUGUCCCCGUCGCCGGAGAUGCCCACGGGGGAGCAGGCGCAGCUCAAAUCACUACGUAGUUCUCGCGCUUCCAGUGAGGCACGCUCGGAGCCGGGGCCAGUGUCUCAUCUGAGCGGUCCUUUCCAGGACGCGCAAAUGUCUGCCUGCAGAAGCUCUCGUGCUGGUAGUGAGGCCCCGCAGCGGGACUGGAUAGGAGCCAGUCCCACUAGUGCCACUCGUCGUGACCCCUACGCAUCCUACCGCGGUUCGCGUGCCGGCAGUGAAGCGCCUGAACGCGGCCCAGCAUACGAACCGAGCGAAGAGCGCUCUGCUCGCAGCUCGCGUCCAGAGAGCGAGAUGCCGGAGCGGGGCGUCUACCAUGAUUCAGUGAUACAGUCACGUAAGCGCACGCCUGCAAAGACAAAACAGAGUCUCAUGAUGAUGACGGCAUCGAACACAAGUCGCACCGCGCUGCGGUCGAUGCGCGCUGACGGCGUUGUUAGUGGUGCAAGAAGACAGAGACACGGUGCCGGGGGCUACGCUGGUGGUAGAGUUCCACAGAGCGUGCGUGAGCACAUACGCAACGUCGAGCAGCGGUUGUAUGGAACAGUGCGGGGUGCGACAACGACCUUUCAGUUUUAUCAGAAACUGCACUACCCACUUGAGGAUCCCCAUGCAGGAGAUGAGGCCCAACUGGAAGACGACGCCACCGUAGCAGAUUGCAAGGCACUCAGUGAAUCGAUGGCGUCGUUGGGGGAUCGGAAGGAGCCGUCCCCGCAACCUCGGCUCGGCAGCCACAACACCCGCACAACUACGGAGAUCUUCACAGUGACGUCCUCGCCUGCUGCUCGUGACGACGGGAGCGAUAGCAGCGCUCACACCGCAGCCAGCGCGGUCGGGACGUCCUCUUCUGGUCAUCACUCGUCCCCCAGCUACUCAUCCGCUGCUGCCGCCGCUGCCGCUGCUGCUGCGAUGGGCACCCCAUCGAACGGCAACGGAGGUAGCAGCAACAGUCCGAGUCCUCGGUUCGACGAAGCCGCGUUCGCUACGUCUUUCGCGAGUAUUGGCUCCCUGGACGAGUCGGGCGAGAUGCUGACCGAGUCCUUCCGGAUACCACUUCAGGCUGCCGGUGAGGACAGCGCGCUGCAGUCUGUGAGUGUGGUCGCGAUGGCAACGCUGUUGGAUCCGCUGAGCGGCGCACCAGUUCUGGGCCUCUGCCUAGGCGACUACAGCGGCCACAUAGAGUACUUUGAGGUGAGCACCGCGGACACGUACAACUCCUCGAUUCGCCGCAGCAAGUCACUCAUGCAGCAACAACAGCAGCAAGAAGGUCGCGCAUCGCUCACCAUGCAGAUGUACGGCGGCGGCAAAACGCGUGGCUCGUUGCGGCACAGCAGCGACGACGGCACCGCCACCACUGCAACGCCGAACAACUGUGGCAGCUUAGACUCGGCAGCGACGGAGAACAUUACCCAUGACAUGCGUGGUCGCGAGGUGCUGCGGCGGCAUUCGCACAAGGCGUUCGUGAAGUCAAUUAAUGCUCUUACCUCCGUGGCGGUGGAGCCGUACGUCAAGUGUCUGACCUUUGUGCGCCCGCGGUGCUCGCCAAGCAUGAUCAGCUACCUCACCGCGAACGAGCGAGUGAUCAAGCUAUUUCAUGUGCGCCGUGAGGGCUUCAGUCCUUUCAACGCCUUCGUGGGCAUGGAGGAGGUAAUCGGCAAGACCUUUGUUGGGUCGCGCUACUUUGCGCGUCUGCCACCGCAGCCGGCCAUUCUGCCCAUCAAGGAGUUUGGCCCAGUUACGAAUAGCAUUCAAGCACUGAGUGUCUCGGCUGAUGGGGAGACGUUCAUGAGCAUCGAGGACCUGCAGGUGUUCUGGUGGAGCUUCGAGGCGACGGACACGACCAAGGCAACGUGCAUCGCGGACCUUCGUCCACCGUCAGGGGCCCUUGACGAGGUAGAGGAACUCGUCACAGCCGCGUCAUUUCACCCAACGCACAGCUCGCUCUUCUUGCUGACGCGCAGCUCCGGCAUUCUCAACAUUGGCGACCUGCGCGACCCGCCAUCGCGUGUGAAUCGCAAGUACGCCAUCUCUUCGCAGCUUACGACGCAGCAAAACCCAUUUAGCUGCCAGGCGUACGACGAGAUCCUCUGCAGCAUCUCAGGCGCCUCUUUUUUGGGCCCCGACCACGUCGUCACGCGCGACUACCUCAGCCUAAAACUCUGGGACUUGCGCAAGCCGGAUCGUGCGUGCGCCAUGAUGCCCGUGAUGAACUACGUCUCUAAGUAUCUCGAUACCUUGUACGAGAACGACUCAAUCUUUGAUCGCUUCCCCGUCGCCGUGGACGACAUUUCUGGCACGGUGGUGACUGGUCUCUACGACGGCGCUGUCGCUGUGUGGCAGCCGCUGCACUCCUCGCUCUCCACAGCGAACUCUCUCGUCCACUACCGGGCCGACCCAUUUGUCGAGCCUGACGAUGCUGCCUCUGGCGGCGUGGUGACGGUACAGGAGCUGGAAGUCUCGCUCGCCAACGCGUGGUCACAGACCCUCUCGGCGACGCACCAUUCUCAAUUGUCGUCGCAUAUCAACGACGAGAACGACAGCGGGGUGGGGUUGGCAGAGGAGGCGAUUCCGGAGCCGUUCACAAACAAGGUGCUCACGGUGGCCAUCGCGCCAGGUGGCGAGCGGUUCUGCUACACCUACAAGAACGGCCGCCUGGUGUACAUCUUUGAGCGCAAGAGCGACAUGCAGUAA